UGACGUGGUACACAUUUGCCAUCGUGGACUUUGAAGAGCGAUGUCUUUACGACAAUAUUUUUUUUUAAUAUUUUACCUCAUAUCUCGGGAUGACAUGCCAACUUAUGAAUGUAGAGAGAGAGUUUAAAGAGUAAGAAAGUAACAAACAAAUGCAAUGCUUUCAAAAAUUGGUUUUCGUGCAACAUUUCGAAAUAAACAACGUCCAAUAGAGUGCACCGUGAUAAUGCAAUCAUCUAGCUCAGAGAAGUAAUAGGUAUGAGAAAUGCAUAUGAACAAGGAAAACAAAAUUCACGGAUUUUUGAAAGGACAGAUUUUGAUAGUUUUAUGAAAAAUGGGUAACUAUGAAACGCACGAUCUUGCCCCUGUCAGGGAUGAUGAAAGAAAAGAUUUGAAUUUGAGUCGGAAAGUCACGUAUAAACAGUUUUGCAAGCAUGUGAAGGGUAAUUUCCAUGAAGGCUGCCUGACUGAGAUUCCAUGGAAUAUUAGGGACUCCAUUUCUUUGUAUGAGCGGAUGACAGUGGCCUUUAAUGCCAUCACUGAGAUCCCCCCAGAAAUGCCUCUCAGAAUCCCUCACUUACACACUCUAGAUCUUAGCCACAACUUAUUGGAAACUUUACCAGAGAGUUUUGGACUGCAGUUUCAUAUCAGAACUUUGAUUCUACGCAACAACAAACUUAAAUCACUACCCCAGUCUUUUGUACAUCUAGUCAAACUAGAAAAGAUUGAUUUAUCUAAUAAUUUGCUGAAGGAAUUACCACAAGACAUUGGUAAAAUGGAGGCUAUUAAAAAAGUAAAUGUGAGUGGCAAUAAGCUCCGACAACUUCCUCUGUCUCUUGGUGCUUCUACAACCCUAGUCUUAAUAAUGGCUCAACGUAACCGAUUGUAUGAACCUCCGCAAGCUAUCUGUGAUGAAGGGUCAGAGGCGACCUUGACUUAUUUGCGCAAACUGUACAAAAACAGUAAUCCUGUGCAUGAGAGGAGACCUUUGACCCCACUGAAUGAGUUUCCAAGAGUACGAGGUAACCAGUUACACAGUGCCGUUCCUAACCCACAGUCUGCCAACAUGCAGUACAUCCAGUCACAGACCCACACCACUAAUACCCCCAGCAGGAUCAAAACUCCACUGCUUCCACCCCUCGGAGCCAGUGCACUGGACUCAGAUGUCCUGAAGGAUAAAGUAAUUGGUUUAUUGUAUGGUGCUGCUAUUGGAGAUGCCCUUGGACUUGCCACCCGUGGAAUGAGUAAGGACGAGUGCUCAUUUUAUUAUGAUACUGAUGAUAUUGAUUACACACAAAUUCUACAAGACAAGCACCGAGUUUUAUGGAGGGCUGGAGACUGGACAUCAAAUUUUGACUCCAUGUUACUGGUGCUGGAUUCAGUCCUGGCAUGGGCUGGUGUGGUGGAUGAACUAGACUUUGCCAAGCGACUGAAGGACUGGUGUCAGCGAGGCUAUCCAGAGCUAGGGGACAAUGAGGGAAUUGUGCUGAGCUCAACCAUUCAAAAGGUGACUAAUGAGAAAGAUUUCACAGAGAACCCCCACUCUGUGGCUCACAGAAUCUUCCUCCAGGAGCUGAGCAAUGCGACAUCGGAAUUGAAUGGUCAUGUCUUCAGCGAGGAUGAGAGAUCCAGUAUUAGCAGCAUCACUAGCAGUAUGAGCAGCAUAAGCAGUGAUCGCAUGUCUCCCAAACAUUGCCUGCGCAGUGUCAGCUCCGAGUCUGAAUUCUCCAUCAGCUGUGACCAGCCCUGCGUGGAUAACGCAGCAAUUGUUAGGACAGCAGUACUCGGAGUGCCCUCAUUCUUUGACCUGAGUGAGGUACAAAACAACACAAUAAGGAUAUGCAAGUCCACCCACCCCAGUCCCCUGUCUCAGGCUUCCUGCUGUCUUAUAUCCAUCAUCAUUGCCUGUAUGCUGCAGGGAAAAAAUGAACUGCAGACCUCUAAAGAAAUUGAGGAGAUUAUAACUACAGCGCGGGAUCAGGGGAGAAAACUCUUGGUAACCACUGAAGAAAAGGCUGACUUCGAGUACUACUGCAGUUUACAGGAUCUUGACCGAUUGGACGUUUCUGAAUGUGGCAAAUCAUCAUACUGUAUGAAGCCCUUGGGAGCUGGUCUUAUUUGUUUGCGAUCUCAAGGAAGCUUCAAGGACUGCAUGAUGAAACUGAUGAUGGCUGCUGGGGACUCUAACAGUAACUGCUGUGUGGCAGGAGCCCUCCUAGGCUGUAAGUUUGGAUUCUCUCAUCUACCCAAGCACUGGGUCCACGGACUCAGGAAGAAACAGACGACAUGGCUCAAUGUGAAAAUCAACCAUCUCCUUGACAUGAUUGGACUGCCGUGACCAGCAAUGUACCGUGGCUAGGUGUUUUCUUGACAUGAUUGGACUGCAGUGACCAGCAAUGUACAGUGGCUGGGUGUCUCCUGGACAGAAUUGGACUGCCGUGACCAGCAAUGUACAGUGGCUGGACAGAAUUGGACUUUCUUCAACUUACCUGUGCAAGGUCAUGGUGUUGCUUCUGUUAAAAAAGAUUAGGCUAUCUUAAUCUUAGUUCAUUGCUUUCAUUAAUUGCAUAAUUACUCAUGUUUGACUCUUGAUGUGCAAGAAUCGUGGCCAUAUGCAUACUUUAAGACAUUGUCAUUCUUCCGGCUUUAGGGUCAUAUGACUUAUGUGCGUUUAUAUACAGAUUGUAAGUUUACCAUCGUAUGCUGGUUUAAUUUUGUGUUCAUUCUAUGUAAAUGUUAUAUUCACUUCAGUUUAAGAAUUUAGUGAUCUAAGGAUAUACAUUACAUCGGAGAUAAACUGUUACAAAUAAAAAGUGGAGGAUAUGUAACCUUUAGAGGACACCUUAUUUAGUGAAACAAUGCAGUUCUAGUAGAAAGUAAUUCAAUGGAAAAAAACUUUAAACUGCGAGAUUAAAACUUACCAUCUACAGGUUGGCAGUCACACAGCAACCUACUGAACCAAACAGCAAGGCAAUGAAUUUUAAAUAGGACAAGAUACAUAAAUGUGUGUUACUGAGAUUUAUCUCUCUAUUUAUGGUUUGAAAGGAAGUCGGCCAUUAUGAUGGUGGGUUAUUCAUCCUUAAUUGAACUUAAGUGAAAAUUAGGAUUUAUUAAGUUAUUUUGAUCUACACCAAAUUACAAAUAAUUGCUUCAAAGUUGAACUUAGGUGCAAGUAGUACCCAUUCAUAACUGUAUCAUUAGAUAGUCCAUGUAAAAAAAAAAAAAAAUACAGUGCAAAUGCUCAAUGUCAUUCUGUUAAAUUGUUAGUUUUCAAGGGAGCAAGUGUUUACUCUUUUUGUACAUGCCCAUGAAUUUAAAAUCUCCAAUUACUGAAAUUUAAUCUUAUGGCAUAGAUAUGUUAUUUAUUUCCUUCAUUUGUUAUUAUGAUUUUAUAUAAUAUAUUAUAUAUGUAUAUUGUUGUUACUUUAUUGCAUAGAAUAUAGGGACAAAGAAAAUUAACCAUUGUAAUUGAACCUGGUGGCACAUUUGUUUUUGUAUCUUAAAUCAAAAAUUAGUUAAUACUUACCUUGUGGCACACACACACACACACACACACACACACACACACACACACACACACACACACACAUUAUAUAUGAUUGUAUAUAAUAUUUUUUAACUGAUCUAAGUCUUCCUGAGCGUCUCUUUGUAUCGCUUUUUUUUCAAAUAUGAAGCAGGUAGUUUAUAUCCUGUUGUUAAUCUAAUGAUAUAGAUUUAUGGAAGUAUACGUAUGACAUGUAAUUGUGGAAAUGAAGAAUUUUUUUUACUUAGUAUGUACAUGUAUUGUUAUAUAUAAUUUGUUUGUUUUAUGUCCCUUCAAGAAUUUUUCACUCGUAUUGAGAAGUCACCAGCUCUAGUUGAAAUACCACAAAUUUUUACAUAUGCUUGGCACUCGGGGCUGUUGUAGCAGUGAGGGUUCUUUAAUGUGCCGAUGCUUGCUGCAACAUGGGACCUCAGUAUUUAAGGUCAUUUCGAUAGACACACAACUCUCAUUUUUAAAUGCCAAGCAUUUAGCAAAGAACCAAUUACUACUUAUGUUAAUUUUGUCAUGGCCAUGGCACGAUCAGGUCUCAAACUCAUGACCAAACGUUCAUAAAGCGAAUUCUCUAACCACUGAGCUGCCACUUCCAUGGUAUCAUAAAUACACUCAAUACACUCUACAUGUAGAAUCAGAGACUUCUACAAUUAGUAUAUAGUUCCCUGGUGGAAUGGAAUGACUGAGGAGCUUUCAUUAUAUAAAUAUCGAACCUUUAACAUCUUAAAGCAAUAGGGGUUAAUAGAAAUGUAACAUUAAUUUUAUUCAUUAGGUGCAAUAUCCUUUCACCACACUUAACUGCUUUAUAAAAAAUAACAUUUAUUUUGUUCAGUAGGUGCAAUACCUGUUUUACUUUUGUAAUAUACAAUGUAUAUGAAUAUGAAGAGAUAUUUAAAAUGCAAUGCGAUUGAUAUUUCAAGUAUAAAGAGAAAUAAAGAAAUUUCUUGCAAUUAU